ACCCUGGGGUUUUUUUUUUUGGGGGGGGGGAGGUGGCAAUCGCAAAGCGAGAACUGAUUCAUUUGCUCGCACAGAGAGAGACACACACACUGUGACACCGCGCCCAUCGACUCACACGUUCACAGAUACCUACCCACCACCACCACUCCCUCCGUAUAAGCCUCGCAGCGCGUAUGAAUGCCGGCACGGCACACGAGGGGACGGGGACGGUCAGUAUACUAGGCCCCAGCCCGGUGUCUCUCUCGAGUUGGCGAUGGUUUUUUUGUUUGUUUGUUUUCUUUUAACACACCGACCGACAGGGAGGCGCCAGGGACUGGUUCAGAUAAUCGUCACCGGCGUUGGCCGUGAGUGCGAUUCGAACCCCGGCUUUUUGGCCAGGCUAGGCUGCGCUUUAACGGCGCACCGAGACGACACGCGGAAGUCGACGUUGUGGCCGUGGGCCAGUUGCGGGGAACCCGCCCGGCCACGGACGAGUCGCGGAUGGCGGCGUCGGACGAGAACCCCGAGCUGCAGCGGCUGCUGCUGCAGCUGAAGGAAGAUGACACAUUGGUGGCCGGAGAGAAGUUUCUGUGCAUGUUGAGGUGUCAGCAUCAUGUGAUCGAGCUGCUCACGAAGGAAAAUAGAGAGCUGCGGAACGAGGUGGCUCGCCUGCAGAGACCACCCCUGCCUACAUCAGAGCCGCCUCUUUCAGUGCCGCUCCCCUACCGCUGUUACGGGCAGAUGUUUGGGGCUGCGGAGAUGUUCCUGAGCUGGCUCACCGAGCCGUUCAGGUCGGAAGGCUUGGACCUCAGGCCCACGUACCAACCCGCGUCGGCUGAGAGGUCACCCUGUGCCCUCCCAGCCAACGCCGCGUCGCAGUUUCCCGCCGCUUCCCCUGCGCUGCCGCUCUUCGUGUUCUGCGUGAACGCGUCGCGCAUUGCCAGCGACACGGAGCCGGCGCGCCGUGAGCUCAGCCCAGGUGAGCUACCCGUCCUCGUGGUGAUGCACCACACGCCAAACCCCAACCACACGGACCCCAGGAGCAGCCUUCACCUGUCGUGCCAUGGCGGCAGCGAGAGCGGAGACCGUAGCCCCGGCUUCCAGCUCAUCCUCGACUGCUUCUUCUUCGAGCACCAUGGCCUCUACGACUGCCGGCAGAACCGCAGUGCCGUACUGGCGGCGACCUCGUACCUGCGCGGCAAGCUGCCCGUCCGCGCACCCGGGAGCAGCUGGCCAGAGAACAGCAGGAUGGGUUGUAACAGCGGCACAGGAUAUCCAUGGCCUUGUCACUCCUCGUAGGCUGACACUGCACCAAAGGUGGCAACGGUAACCAAUUGCUUGGGUGGAGCAGUCCACAGUGUGGCUCUAUCCACAGGGGGGAGAGUCUGGAGACAGUAGGACGAGAUUCCCAAAUGCUUGGCAUCUGUAAUUUGCAGACUGCUUUGAGAAUGCUUAGUGGCCCGUAGGGAUGUCUUUGUCGGGCAGUGAAGUUGGUGCAAACCUUGUAUGGCCAACCGAAGUGCCCUCCCAUCGUUUGAAUAGAGAAGUCCGUGGAUUGUAUAAGCCAUCUAACCAAUAAUGACUAGGGUCUGUUUCCUCGUGGGACAUGCCCCAACUUUCAUAGUGUGGCAACGUCUGUGGCCAACAGCAGAAAAGGAGCGACUCAUUGAGCAAAGGAUUUUCGGAGAGAGCCUUAAUUGCUGGGGUGUUGAACACAUGAAGGGGGAGCAGAGUAGAAUGGCAGGGGGGGGGGUGGUAUGCAGGGAGGAGUCCAUAGAAGAUCUUGAUGACAAUAUUGAGGAUGAUCUUAUAAUUGAUCUAGGACUGGAUCUGGGGCCAGUUUCAGGAUCUGAGGAUUGGAAUGGUUGGGUCUCAUUUACGUGUGUGCGUGAAAAUGUGUUGCCGAGCUCACUUUGAGAUACCUCAUGGACGGUGCAACGUGACGAGAAUACCUGUGCUUUGUUUACUAAAACGUGGUGCGCAUGAUCCUUGCAGGUAGGCAGUUAGGCAAAGUGAGAAGUGGGAAAGUUAUUCUCAAAGUAGGAAUCACUUGUGUUUCUUCAACCCUUAGGAACACUUCUAUUCAACAAUGGGUUUUUUUUCUUCUUUAUUUUGGCUCUGUUGAUAAGGCAGUCGAGUAGUGUGGUGCGCAGUGUUUCUCCGGAUCUACUUGGAUAUCUGUUUAGGGUGCCGAGGUUUGGAUGCUACAAUAAAUAUGUAUUUGUACUGAAUUAUAAAUAAUUCUCAAAUGAAAAACAAUUUUCAUUCGGUCAAGUUCUGGUACCUCCAGCAACGUGAUGUUCGAUGGCUUAGCACGGUUGGCUACGUAUGGUGCAAAAGAAGUUCAGCAUAAUACAUGUAUUGACUGUGGACGGAUGAUGGGCUGAGUGGACCCCCAAACGUGAUUUGAAUUCUCAAUCUUCAAAUUUACGAGCCGCUCGCUCUACCACUGAGCCACCUGGCCAGUUAUUUAAAGGUUCCUGAAAUUGCAUCAUUAGUCCAACCAUUUUAUCGAACCAAGCGAGAGCCUACAGACGUGGAGCACUUUUUGCAGGACCUGAUUGGCCACAGUUAAGACAAUGAUUUACUUUGCCCUAUCAUUGUUAAUUUAAUUACAGGUAACAUUUGGAUUUCAGCUAUGGCACCUUGUAUAACAUCGUGUGAUCUUCUUGUGAAUGAUGCAAGUGAGUCUUACGAUCCAGCGCUUGCGGGGGGGGAGGGCAAGGGUUGAUGAAUCGUGUUGAGAUCUCCAACAUUUCUGAACCCACUUGGCUGUUUAGGUGGCCAGAAGAUGGCUGUGCAUCAAAUGGAUUGUUGUAUCUGUCUUUAACCAUUAUUCGCUCAUGUGGUUGAUUUCUCGAUAAGUCCGCUUAGUUCCUUUGUACAUGCCAAAGGCUCUUUAAUAGAAUUGGUCCAACUUCUCACUUGAAUAAAGAGUCUUGAAACAGUGAGAUUUUCCUCGGCAAAGAACAUGACUUAUUGAUAUUAUUACGUCAUGAUAUUGCUCUGCUGGAUGUACUGGACAGGCAGAGGUGUCGUGUUGUCAAUCAUGAAUUGCAAAUUGACUGGAAGUUGAGUUGGUCAUGAGAAUACCACUGCUGUGUUUUAUACCAGUCACACUACUGCGAUGUAUGUCAUUUUUCUUGGUUCUUUCGGUAAAGUCACGUAGAAGGGAAACAAUAAUUUAAAAAAUAUUAUUUUAUUGCUUCCCUUCUACGUGACUUUACCGAAAGAACCAAGAAUAUGAAUCCCUGCAGUGACGAAAACUUCAAAUCAAAAUGUAUGUCAUUCACUAAAUGUAUGUGUUCAUAUACCAUGACUUAUAAUCUGCUGCUUUAGUCAAAUUGUGUGUUUACUGUGCCCUCAAAGAUCUUCCAUUUAGUCUUACAUGCUGGUUGAGUUGUUAGCGAGCACCUGUUGAAGCUGGCAUAGGGCACGAGGAGGGUGGUGUGUUGCCAGCACCACGCUCACCUUUGUCUUCCAAUUGCUGAUAUUUUGCACAUUAAGGCCGAUUCGACCUAGGCGAGACCCAAGUCAUGUUCACAUACUGCAUGCCGCUGAUAAGUUAUUUUUUUAAUCCAACCCAGGAGUAGAACUGCCGUUCGCCACGAAGUGGUGGUGACGUCACCACGGGACUUGUGCCAGACGAGGCGCACCUUGAGGCCACGUGAAGUGUCAAAGUCUCGCUUGCAGGUCACGGGACAGACCCAGGUGCCAUGGGUUGUCUGAGUGGGGUACACCCUGAUAGGCACAGUCAAGUUGAAAUUGUAAUCCAGUGGUUGUGGCCGCACUGGCAAAUGUAACGUGUACAAGACAUUUACUUCUGAAUAAUUCAAAGCAUAUACAGUGCAUUAAAAAAAUAUAUUUAAA